CGUGGUUCUUUUUGGCGCACCUGUCCACUAAGGAACCACAGCCAGAUCCCCGCCCCGGCUAACCGGUCCUGCCGGAAGUUCGACCUCCCGACAUUUUGCUUCCGGUUCCGCUCGCUCCUUCCGGUCGCCAUGGCGACGGGGCGCCUUGGGGUUGUGGAGACACUGGGGGCCCUCAACGCGGCCCUGGGGCCAGGCGGUCCUGUGUGGUUCAAAGAGACGCGCGCCCGCCACCUGCGUGCCCGAGACUUCCUGGCGCCGCGGCGCGCGCUACAGGCGCGCUUCGGGGACGGACAGGUGCCCGAGCGUGUGGUUCAUGCGGUCGCCGACCUGCAGGGCCCCGGUGUGGCCCCAGUGCUGCGCUGCGCGCCGACCCCCGCAGGUCUGACCCUCCAGCUGCAGCGGUCCGCCGUCUUCGAGCGCGUCCUCGGGGCCGUGGCCGCCUAUGCCGCGCCCGCCGCGCCCGCCUCACCGGGCUUGCGCGUCAUCCUGCACUGCCCGGCGCUGCGCGGCGCGCCCUGCGCACUCCGCCUGAGCCAGCUGCGCGCCGUGCUUGUGGCCGAUCACCUGGCGCGAGUUCUGCAAGCUCACGGGGUGAGUGUGCGUCUAGUGCCCGCUGUGCGGGACCCGCACAUGCCGACCUUCCUGCAGCAACUGCGGGUGGACUGGCCCACUGCCUCGGAGAGAUCCGCGACCGAAGCCCUGAGAAGCAGCGCACUUGCUGAGCUUACCCUUGCCCAUGACAGGGAAGUCCUGCCCCCUGGCGUCCUGGGCAGAGUGUGCUUGAAGGAGCUGGUGGAAGAACGGGGACGCACAGCUGGCUAUGACCCCAAUCUGGACAACUGUCUGGUGACUGAGGAUCUGCUCUCCGUGCUGGCAGAGCUACAGGAGGCUGUGCAGCGUUGGCCUGAGGACAGCUCCCUAGGCCUGGCUGCGGCUCCAGAUGCUGGUGCAGACAGCUGCAUGGUUGUACACGUGGUGAGCUGUGAGGAGGAGUUCCAGCAACAAAAAUUGGACCUGCUUUGGUGGAAGUUGGACAGCCGGGCUCCUCUCAGACAGAAGCACCUGGUCUGUGGCCCAGUGAAAGUAGCUGGUGCACCCGGCACCCUGACUGCCCCCGAGUACUACGAGCUCCGGCAUGCCCAAGUAUGCAAGGCCUCAGCACUGAAGCACUGCAGGGACCUGGCACAAGACCCAGCCUGGACAGAAAUCUUUGGGGUUCUCUCGGUGGCAACCAUUAAGUUUGAGAUGCUCAGCACAGCCCCACAGAGUCAGGUGAGCCUGGGCGUCCCACAGGACCAGGGCUGGGGAGACAGGCUGUGUGGUGGCUGCCCUCCCUCUCUGCAGCUCUGCUCUAUUCCUCAGCUCUUCCUGGCUCUGGCCGACAGUGGCAUUUCCACAAAGGGCACCAAGAGUGGCACCUUUGUUAUGUACAAUUGUGCCCGUCUCGCCACACUCUUUGAGGGUUACAGGCGCAGCAUGGAACAAGGUCUGUACCCUGCUUUUCCACCUGUGAGCAGUCUGGAUUUCUCACUGCUACAUGAUGAGGGUGAGUGGUUGCUGCUCUUCAACAGUGUCCUCCCCUUCCCAGACCUGCUGAGCCAGACAGCAGCACUGGCCCGCACAGCCCCGGGGCUCCACAUCACUGCACGCACGGAGAUGGUCUGCAAAUUCCUGGUGCAGCUCAGCAUGGAUUUCAGCUCAUACUAUAACCGUGUACACAUCCUAGGGGAGCCUCGGCCACACCUGUUUGGUCAAAUGUUUGCCCGUCUGCAGCUUCUGCGAGCCGUACGUCAAGUGCUCCACACUGGCCUGGCCAUGCUGGGUAUCCCUCCACUAAGCCACAUCUAAGGGCACAGAGGCCCCAGUAUCUGGGAAUGUUCACAAAGUCAUCAACU